AAACACCUGGGCACAGGGCCUGGCACAGAGUAAAAACUCCAGAAUGCCCAGCAGGACUGGCCUGAGUGUCCGGUAGCCUGCACGGGGUGGGAGGAAGCUUGGCGAAUUCACGCUUUACCUGAUCCCCGGAAGUGAGGACUCUGCCCCUGAUUUGCUCACACUACAUACUGACUAAUAACUGCUUGCCCUCCGGCACUGAUCCUCGACACCAGUAAGGGACUGGUGUUCUAAACAAAGUACUGGUUACGGAUUAGCAUUUUGCUCUGCCCCAGGGCACAUGGCCAGCAAGACGGUCAAAUAAGUCUCAGUUUAUUUCAGCUGUAAAAUGGGUGUGCUGAGCACAGGGUUAGGUGAAGUCCUGUGCAGGAAAACUCUGAGGAGCUGUGGUGGGGUCUCAGUAGGGGCCCGGCUGCUGGUGAUCAGGCCCCUGGGUGUGCUGUGAGGGGGGCCGCAGGUCCGCCGUGGCUGAGCGUGGACGCAGUGACGCUUUCUCCCGCAGGUGAACAUGGGCUUCUGCAUCUUGGGAGUCAUUGUGAUGGCGACUACCAAUUCUCUGAUGUGGACAUUCUUUAGCCGGGGCCUCAGUUUCUCCAUGUCUUCAGCCAUUGCAUCAGUCACAGUGACGUUUUCAAACAUCCUCAGCUCGGCCUUCCUGGGCUUUGUGUUGUAUGGAGAGUGCCAGGAGGUUUUGUGGUGGGGAGGCGUGUUCCUCAUCCUCUGCGGCCUCAGCCUGAUCCACAGGAAGCUGCCGCCCAGCGGGAAGGACCCCGAAUACAAGCAGAAGUAGCGGCAGGUGGAGAGACAGCGCGGCAGCCCAGGCGCAGGAUGGCGUGUGGGGACCACCUCCCAGGGCCUUCUGACCAUCAGCCAGAGGGAGAUGCUGCCGAGGGAGAUGGGCCUCUGACCCAGCAGCCUUGAGGCUGGCCAGCCGCCCCUUCUGGAAGGGGAGGGACAGGCGCACUCAUGUUCAGCCUGAAGCCUUCUCGAGACGCCUGCACGGUGCUUUCGAUUCUCACGCCCCUGGGCCCGCCCGGUGCCCCUUGGCAGAUGCUGGAGACCCUGGGGUCAGUCUGCUGGGCGUACAGCCUUGAGACCGCGCUGUGAUUGCAGUCCUGUGGCCGAACAGAGGCCCAUCCCGUGACACGGGGGUGGGUUCUGGUGGAGCUUUCCGACACCUCCACGUGGCUGUACUGGGCUAUCUGUGUCAAGCUUCUGCAGUUCGGCAAGGGAAGGGAAACCGGAUUAAUAAAUCCGUUGGUUUGUAAGUUAAAAGUA